AUGGCAGCCACACUAUCAACCACCAUGGCCAUGCUUAACGCCAAGUGCAUGACCUCCGCCAAGCCCUCUAAACCAACCCCCAACAAACCCAUCUCUCUCAUCUCCGUCCAAAACCUUCCCAAAUCCCUAACCUCCUCAAAACCCGCCACCAUCUCCCUCACCGGAACCGCCAUCGCCGGAGCAAUCUUCUCCACCUUGAACUCAUGCGACCCUGCUUUUGCCGUACAACAGAUCGCCGACAUUGCAGAAGGAGACAACCGUGGAAUCGCUCUUCUCUUACCUCUCGUUCCAGCAAUCGCCUGGGUGCUUUACAACAUCUUUCAACCUGCGGUUAACCAGAUCAACAAGAUGAGGACCAAAGGAGUGGUGGUUGGGCUUGGAAUCGGUGGUGGUUUAGCAGCAUCGUCUGGGCUGUUUGCUACGCCGGAGGCCGCCGCCGCCGCUGAAGCCGCUGCUAAUGACAAUAGAGGGCAACUUCUUUUGAUUGUUGUCGCACCUGCUAUUCUUUGGGUGCUCUACAACAUUUUACAGCCUGCUCUUAACCAGAUCAACAAAAUGAGAAAUUGA